AGAAGGGUGUUCCUCAGAUGGAGCUGGACACGACGAAUAUCUCAUCUGGGGAUGGUGUAGUGGAUUCUGUUGGUUUAGAUUUUUCAGAGAGUAUGGAUGACUUACUUGAGGAUGGUGAAUACCAAGAGGAGGCUCCCACAGAUAACGCUGAUCAUGAAAUUGAUAUUGGGUCGGUUCCUAUUUCUGGCGAGGGAGCUAUUAACACGCAAGGUGAGAAUAAAAAACAGAGGGAUGUGGCUAAGCACACUAACAAAACAAGAGAUGGCUCCACUUCUGGAGGAGGGAGUCGUAUUUUAAAAAAGGGGAUUGUGGUGCUCCCGAAAUCAAAGUUUUUAAGUUGGAAUUGUCAUUGCAUUGGGACAGACCUGAGAUAGGUGUAUCUGAAGGAUUUGUGGAAGACACACAAGCGAGACAAUUUUUAUUACUA